GUUUGCUGGGCUCCAAGGCUUAAUAGAGAAUCACUGAUUGAAGGAUUGUUACCUAAUGUGAAAGUUCCAACAUCUGUAAAAGAUCAGUGCCAUUGUCAAGUUACAUUCCAUGAUGGACAUGUGUUUUUGGCAAGUUCAUUUGUGGUCAGACCACUUGCUGAUGAACCAAAACAUAUUAAAUGCAAAAUUAAAGGAUCAAAUAUAAUAAAAAUGGGUGAAAAACUGCAAGAUGAAAUUGAGAUAAUGAUUACCGAUCAGCAUGGAAAUCAGAUUCAAUCCCUGACAUCAUCUUGUACGGCCGCCUUGGAGAUUUCUGGGAAUGGUCUGGAUAAAUCAGAUUUGAGAACUGUUUGGCAGCAAGAGACACAAACUAUUUCUGUCAAAGGAAUUAAGUUUGAACCAGGCCCAGCAGAAACUAAAGAACUGUGCCUUGCUUGGCAUGAUUUCUCUCAUUACUUGAAGUUUAAUUUGAUUGCUGGCCCUCCAGCUAAAUUGGUUCUUCUGGACUGGAUAGAACCAGAGAAGCCUAUAUCUGUAAUUAGUGGCAAAGAAUUACCAAGGCCUCUUACAGUCCAGCUCUGCGAUCAGUGGAAUAAUCCGUCUGCUGAACCUAAUCUCAAAAUCACAUUUUCAAAACCUAGUAAUAUCCAGAUUGUUUCUUCAAAUCCAGUGAAUAAAACAGAUGAAACUGGUAGAGCAAGCUUUGGGGUUCUUAUUAUUCAUGCUCCUAAGGGAGAGUACAUGUUGCAGUUCAAAGCUUCCUAUAAAAAGAAAGCACUAAGCAGUCCAGUGAUCAAGAUGAAUGUUUUGCAUGACCCGGAGAAACCUGUAAAUUUGAAUAUUAAAUAUGAUAAGGAUGCUAUCUUUACAGCUGGAAACACUUUUCCUGAUUUCCACGUUAGUAUUAUUUCUGAAGAUGGCAACAAAAUUAAAAAUAUAAAUCCAGGAAGAAUUUGUAUGAAAAUCUGGGAAGGACACAGUGGUGGAACUUUAUCACAAAAUGUUACAACGUUUGAAUGUUCCAAAACAAACAAUGACAAGGAUGAGGGCUUUAUUUACUUCAGGAAUAAAAUAGUUCCAGAAAAAGUGGGCACAUACAGCAUCCAGUUUGCAUUUGCAAUUGACAACACACAUUUUCUUAACAGUGAACAGAUUAUAAUUGAAGUGGUGCCGAAUGAGCCAGCACAGUUGGUGCCACAAAUUGUGCCAGAUACUCCUGCUGUUUCUAAUGUUUGGGCUGUUGACAGUCGGACCCUUGUCAAGGACUUGACUUUCAUUAUAACGGAUGAAUACCAAAACCAUACAGGAAAUGAUUUAGAUGGAAAAAUUAUAGCAAAAAUUAAAAGUUCAACUGAGGAAGACACAGAUAUUCCCCUGUUUCAGGGUAGAGCAAGUACAGUUGAAUUUCCUUUUCACAGAGGAAUUGUUGAAAUUGAGGAUCUUGUGCUAGCAGAAAAUAGUCCAGGGAGAGAUAGAACUGAGUAUAUUCUUGUAUUUGAGCCAGUCAUACCUGCUUUGAAAAGACAUUUGGAACCUUAUUAUUUAUCCUUUAUGUUUUAUAAUGAUUAUGAGACACAACAGCAAAUGGCAAUACUUAUAAAAGAGAGAGACAGACUUUCAGAGUCAGUAAAUAGUUAUAGAAGUGUGUUUGACACUAGUAAUCAGCUUCUUGAUGAAAUAAAGAGCCAAGUACAGAAAUCUGGAGAAAAGAAGUUACAGCUCAGGAAUGAACUGAAAAGACAUCAGAUUGACAUAUCUCAGGCUAAUGAAGUGCAAUAUAUUGAUUCCUUAAUAAAAGAUAAGCAGGCUGACCAGGAAGAAAUAUUGAAACAACCUAGAAGAAAAUGCACACUUGCCAAUUACCCCAAAGGCAGUCAGGAUAUUUUGGGCAAGAUUUCACACUUAGCACAGAUUCAAGAUGAUGACGCAGCAAAUGUCAUUUCCUGGCAUUUGGCAAGUGAUAUGGAUUGUAUAGUCACUUUAACAACAGUUGCUGCACAUCGUAUCUUUGAAGAGACUAAAGGUGCACAACAAGUCUUGUCUCUUGAUUCUGUUUAUAAGGAGGGUCUUCCGGAUUGGGACAGACCUUUACCUCACUUGAAAAAUGAAAGAAACUGUUUCAGCCCUGUUGGAAAUCCUGUAUUUGCUAGGGACUUGCUAAUAUUUCCAGAGCACAAGGAGAAUUGCCAAACAGUGUUUGGGAUGCUCUUGGGUAAUACAAUUAUUAUUGACAAUUUGGAUGCUGCCAACCAUUACAGAAAAGAGGUUAUGAAAAUGACACAUUGCCCAACUUUAUUAACAAGAGAAGGAGAAAGAAUUUGCAGCAAUGGAAAGUUUGGAGGCUUUCAAAAUAUAGCCCCUCCUAUGGAAAAGCUUCGAGGAAUGGUUUUUGGAGCACCUCUGCCACCGGGUUACAAUAUUCUCUCUGCACACAUAGUUCUCCUUCAGCAGUACCGUACAGCAUUUCUUCGAUUUAAUGAAGUAAACACAGAACUUGAAGAACUACAACAAUCAAUAGAUACUGUAGAAAUGCAAAGAAAGAAAGAAGAGUUUGCUGAACAGGAAAAGAAACUUAAAUCAAUAGAGCAGGAAUUAGGUAUAACCUCAUCAAGUCAAUUCAACAAAUCAUCAGAAGAGCUUGGUUUGUCUGAGGCUCUAAGCCCUCCAAAAAGAACACGAAGAGAAAGAAGAAAACGUUCAUACAGUUCAGAAGAAUGGGUUGCAUCUCCUCCCAUGAAGAAAAAAUAGCAAACAGCAACUGCCACAUCAGAGACUCGGGUUAUCUCGAAAAAAGAAGACAUAGACUAAGUAUAUUGUUAAAAAGCAAAUGUAUAUGGAAAUAUGUAUAUUCCACAAAAAUAAUUGUAUGCUACUUUCAUUGAUACUUUUAUAGUCAUAAAAGAAAUUUUCUUAUUAACAAGAGUUGACUUAAUUUUUUUAUAGAAUAUCUUAUUUUUGUUAUCUAUCAGUUAUUAGAUUUCAAGAUAUGGAAGUAGAAAAAUGCUUUUUUAUUUGUGAACAUUUUCAAAUUUGACAAUAAAGAUUGGA